GAUAAUCACAAGCUGUACAAGCAGAAACUUGAGGAGUUAACCAAGCUCCAGGAUGGGAUCUCCAGCUCCAUCUCACGGCAGAAGAAACGGCUGAAGGAGUUGUCAUUGUCCCUCAAAAAAUGCAAAGCCCACACGAGUCCUGACCAGGAGGAGUCCAUCCAAGAGACCCAGAGCCUAAUAAAAGAGAGGCAGAAUGUUUUCUUUGAGAUGGAGGCCUAUCUGCCAAAGAAGAACGGGUUGUACCUGAGUCUGGUGCUCGGGAACGUGAACGUCACGCUGCUCAGCAAGCAGGCCAAGUUCGCAUAUAAAGAUGAGUAUGAGAAGUUCAAGCUCUACCUCACCAUCAUCUUACUCAUCGUGUCCUUCUCCUGUCGGUUCCUCCUCAACUCCAGGGUGACAGAUGCCGUCUUUAACUUCCUCCUGGUGUGGUACUACUGCACCCUCACCAUCCGGGAGAGCAUCUUGAUCAACAAUGGAUCCAAGAUCAAAGGCUGGUGGGUUUUCCAUCACUACGUCUCCACCUUCCUCUCAGGUGUCAUGCUGACAUGGCCGGAUGGGCUCAUGUACCAGAUGUUCAGGAACCAGUUCCUCUCCUUCUCCAUGUACCAGAGCUUUGUGCAGUUCCUCCAAUACUACUAUCAGAGCGGGUGUUUGUACCGGCUGCGAGCACUGGGUGAGAGGCACAACAUGGAUCUGACUGUGGAGGGCUUCCAGUCCUGGAUGUGGAGAGGCCUCACGUUCCUGCUUCCCUUCCUCUUCUUCGGGCAGUUCUGGCAGCUCUACAACGCCAUCACCCUCUUCCGCAUGAUCCAGCACCCGGAAUGCAAGGAGUGGCAGGUCCUCAUGUGCGGCCUGCCCUUCUUCAUCCUCUUCCUGGGGAACUUCUUCACCACACUCCGCGUUGUCCACCAGAAGUUUCAGAACAAGAACAAAGACACCAAGCGGAAUUGA